GCUGAGGAGCCAGACGCUCCCGGAUUCUGAGAGCAUCUUUGCUGGGGAAAAGGCAAAGUGUGCUCAAAGCGGAAGCCACAGCUCCUCCUGCUGCUUCUCUUCGCUGCUAGGUGAAUCCCACGCAGCUCUACAAGAUGUGCAAAGGACUUGCAGGUCUGCCAGCUUCUUGCCUGAGGAGUGCAAAAGACAUGAAGCACCGGCUGGGCUUCCUGCUCCAGAAGUCAGACUCCUGUGAACAUAACUCCUCCCACAGCAAGAAGGACAAAGCGGUGACAAGCCAGAGAGUGAGUCAAGAGGAAGUCAAGAAAUGGGCUGAAUCGCUGGAAAACCUGAUUAGCCAUGAAUGUGGGCUGGCAGCUUUCAAAGCUUUCUUGAAAUCUGAAUACAGCGAGGAGAACAUUGACUUCUGGGUCAGCUGUGAAGAGUACAAGAAAAUCAAGUCCCCCUCUAAAUUGAGUCCGAAGGCCAAAAAGAUCUAUAAUGAAUUCAUCUCAGUUCAGGCAACAAAAGAGGUGAACCUAGAUUCCUGCACCAGGGAAGAGACAAGCCGGAACAUGCUAGAACCUACGAUCACCUGCUUUGACGAGGCCCAGAAGAAGAUCUUCAACCUCAUGGAGAAGGAUUCAUACCGUCGCUUCCUCAAGUCCCACUUCUAUCUUGAUUUGGCCAACCCUUCCCACUGCGGGUCAGAGAAACAGAAAGGAGCCAAGCAUCCUGCAGACUGCGCCGCCCCGUUCCCCCAGUGUGCCUAAUUCUCUCCGGGGGGUGGAUGGCUGACAUGCUGAGACUCUAUGUUCUGGAAAACUUGAGGCCAGUGCUUUAUCCACAUUGUAGCCUAGUGUUCAUGCUGCCUGCCAUGUGUGAGUCACUUUCAUGGGAGAACUAGGUUUAGUCUUGGUGUUUGGGAGUUCAUCAGGCUGGGACCUGGUUCCAACCCAGCUUUGCCAAGUUCCUCUUAGAAUGCCAUGUGAGCAAGUAUUCAGAUAAUGGCCUUGGGGCUUGGGGUCUUCAGAGAUUGUUGAUGCUUCCUCCUCCCAAGAGUUUGAGCUCAAGUUGGUUGGUUGAUACAUGUCAUGUGACAUUCAAGUGCACAUGUUUUCUGUUAGCCAGCAUUUUCUCCAGACUCCAGAUAUCUGGAUGAGGCUAAUCUGACAUACCUAUGUACAUGUGUGUGUCUAUAUACACAUGUGUGUUUUUCUGUAAGAAUAGCUGGGAGGGAAAGAGCCUAGGUGCUCAUAACUGGAGUGUAUGCACUUACAUGCCUGUUCCGAUCUGUGGUCUUUCAUACUCAUUUGUACAGGGAAAACUGAGCUAACUACCAUGUAGGCUAAGAAAGGAACACCAACUGUGGAAAAUUGGCUCUGUAAAACUGCAUGGGUCUUUCUGGAAAAGUAUCCAUGAAACUUCAUGCUUAAUUUAACCACCAGUAGCCUCCGCAUUAAGCACUAUUUGACAGAGCAAAGACCACAAAAGAAUCAUACAUCGGACUGACACAGGACUGACCUAGGUUGAUGGUCAUUAGCGACACUCCUCAGUCCCUUAAGCUGCUGGCUCCUGCUCUUUGCCUGAGUGCUCAGGGCAUACUUAUUAGCAGCUGGGUUGGUAUGGGCUUAGGAAAUGGAAUAAUUGAGCUGAAUGAAGAAAUUCAGUUAAAGUCUUUCUAGCUAUACUUGCCAUAAUUUCCUGGCUAAGCAAGAGUAUCAACCGCAAAGGUCCCUGUCUUGAUCCUCUCUCCUUCCCCCUCUCUCAAUCAAGGUGCUUUUCUCAUUUUCGGUCCUGAGAACCGUAGCCACCGGAUGUCUCCUUACUUUGUUCUGGUUAGCUGGCAUUUCCCCCUGGGAGGGUUGUAGCUCUAUGCCUGCGCGUACAAACUGGCAUGAGGGAAGAGGCUACAUUAUAUAAAAGGGGACACAGGUUCACAAACCAGAAAGCUCUUACAAGGCAAAAUCUUGUUCAUUCCAUCCCAAACAUCAAGACUAACCAAGACUGUAGAUGCUUCUUUAUAGGCUCAGUGACAACAAGAGAAUAAAAGAAAAAAAAGAAGGAAUUGCAGAAAGCAAGCAAGUCAAUUGUUACAACUACUGUUUGAAACUUUUCAAGGCACGUGAAAUACUUGAAAAUUUCUCCUUUAUGUUAUUUAUGAUGUUGUUUUGUACGAUGUUUUUAUUAUUGUAUUGUUUUAUAAAUGGAGUAUAGGCUAUUAUCUGAAUUAUUAAUGAAUGCCCAGGAAGUAAUUUUCUUCUCAUUCUUCUAAAACUACUGUCUUAGAGAGUGUACGCACACUCGGCACCUGCAUUCUUUCUGUGACUUCGGUAUCAGUUGCCUGCAUGAGCACAAUCGUGGCUUCUAAGCCAAUGCACUGGGCUGCAGAAUAAGACACCAGAGUCUGUGUACCCAAGGCUCAUUGCAUUUAAGAAGUACAAUCACUAAUUGUACCUUUCUUACCUCUCUGGCGGUCUUGCUCCUGAUGUCCCCCAAAGUUCCUCAUCAGUGACCCUCUUUGAUAUAAACAGCUCCACAAUUCUGGUUUUUUUUUUGAGUAACUUCUGGAUCCAAACGCAUACACUCUGCUGGUCUUGCCCUAUUGUCAUUGUCAUGCCUUUGAUAUUGUACCUGUACUCACGUAUUCCUGUCUCAUAAACAGACCUCGGAAAGUCAUUCUGAAUGAGAAGUAAAUUAUUUUAUGUAAUACCUUUUGGAGCGUGUUCUUUCAUUGCCUUUCCGGAUGGUGCCAUUGCCCUUUGCUAUGGUGAACUUGCUUGCUCCUGGUCCAGGGAGGGAAGACUCCCUCCACAAUGCAUGCUUGUUUCUCUCCUGUGCUUUUAUGGGCCUCAAAGAGUAUCUUUCCAGUGCACCACUUGCAUCUUAAUAAUACGAGUAAAUAAAUGCUUCGCACA